AUGUUUCACAAAUUUUAUGCCACGCCUGCGGUCAAAGUGCGUAAUCGCACAAACAACAAGAAUAGCGGCAACAGCAACGUCAACAAUAAUAUAAUUGUUGAACAACCGUUGGACACACUUUCCAAGCGACAAAAGACAGCUAAAGCUUGUGACCGGUGUCGAGAGCUACGUAUCGAUUGUGAUGAACAAAGGCCGUGUUCGCAAUGUCUCGAAACCAAUACAAACUUUUCUGUUUCGCAUCCAGCACGUAACCAGUCAUCACCACAGACCGUCCUCAGUAGCGAUUGCUCGGAUCACGCAAGACGUGACCUUCCGUCGAUAAGUCCUACCGACCCUUCACCUCAUAUGAGCACAAGUCAAAAAAGUCCUGGAGUUGCUAGAACAACAGCCAACGACGUAUCCAAGAACCAAGUGGAUCUUGCAUCGCAUGUCGAGGGCUUUUUCGGCACGGGCCAGCAAGCUUUCGAUUCGUCUCCGAAUGGCGAGCCACACACUGAAGGUGCAUUCCCACAGCUCCCGCACCCUGUGUUGCCUUCGGAAAAUUGGACAAUCGCAUCCAUUUCACUACCAGUCAGCGAGCGAAAUCAUUAUCUUCAGCUGUUCUGGAGCGAUUGCCACCCUUUUUUGCAAAUUGUGAGCGAGAAGGACUUUGCAGAGCUCAGCACGUUACCACCAUCAACAACCAAUGAAAACUACUCCGCUCAGCAUGCUUUAGUCGAUUCAAUGAUCGCGUUAGGAAUUCAGCACAGUCAUACUACAAGACUUUCUGGACGCGUCUUGGGCCUCCCACAACUAUAUUCAGUGGAAACACCUUGGCCAGGUUUCGAAUAUUUCAGCCGUAGCUGUGAGUGCAUGAGAUCAAGCGCCGAAGUAACCAUCAAUGCUCUUCGAUGUCACGUCCUGUUGGCUCUCUAUCUCAUGAAGGGCAGUGCUUUUCGCAAAGCAUACAACCUCGUCGGUAUUACUGUGCGGAAAGCAUACAUUGCCAAAUUCCAUCGGAUACCGCCUAGUCAUUUACCUGAGGCUGAGAGGACCGCACGCGUACAAUUGUGGUGGAACCUCUUUUCGCUGGACCUCUGCUGCUCCCUACAACUUGACAUGCCCGCUGCCAGCCAGAAGGGCCUUGUCAAAUGUCCUCCACCUAGUGAAGAUGCACUUCGUCGCUACGUUUUGUCUACUAGCCAUCGUGACCCCCAUCGUGAUGUAAACUCGUACACAGUUCAUCUCGUUCAGCUUUGUGUGAUUAUAGCCGAUAUCAGCGAAGGUGGCUCGACUGCAGACAUUGUUGACGAUAACGAAGACAUCAACGGUCCUUCUUCAACGCAUCUCGAAGAUCACGCUCUUCUUUUAUCCUCUGCUCUUGGCAACCUUGAAGGAUGGCGCGAUGCGUUACCAGCGGAAUUACGGUGGCUUCCGAGUGAAGGUGAUUUAGACACUGCUCGAGCCGCUGCUUUUCAAAACUGCUGUCUUUUGCCUGUUUCUAUUCAACGAGUAGCAAUUCUUUUGGAGCUCCAGUAUCACAAUACAUAUACCCUGGUACAGCGCCCCUUCAUUCGUCUCCGCAACAUUGCAUCCAACGACUCAGAGGCUAUUGAGUCUCACAUUAACAGCUCUCUUCGUCAUGCAACUAAGAUAGUCAACACAAUAUACACAGUGUGCUCUACGUCUGAUCUUUUGUACGGGUGGUCAGAGAUCUUGCAACCUCUGUGGAAUGCUGCAUUAACGAUAAUGGCUUAUGUUUACGCAAAUUCGUUGAGUAUAAUGGUACCAGAAGCGCUUGACUCGCUCUCGCGUGCUCAAACAAUUUUCGAACUGUUUUCCUCUGCCAGCACCACAGCUGUCUCCGCCAAAACUACCAUUGAGUCCCUCACUAGUGGGUUGCUAGACAUGGUGGCUAAUGUCUCGGGUGCAGUUACAAAUAAUGAUUUGAUGAGCUGGGACCUUUUUGCAUCGCUAAUGGAAGAUCGUCAAAAAACUCCUGGCGAGUUUGGAAACGUUGCAGAUCAACUGUGA